GGGGGUCGCCGGUGGACGCUAAAAUCGCGCAAAGCGCCACCCUCGAUCGAAGCGGCGUGGUGUGGCAACUUUCUCACCCUUCAGUUAGAGCUUUGAGCUUCCAGUUUCAACCUUCCAUACCUUACAGCUUCCAGCUUCCAGCAUCCAGCCCACAUCGGAGUCGAGAGCGUCGGUUGACCCCCUUCCCUCCGUUCCUCCAACAUCCCUCUGCGCCUGUGGGAGUGCCGGAACCCCGUCGACGUCGCCUACCCCUUAACCACCCCUGCGCGAUCGCGUCACUCGGUACUCAGUAGACGUCCUCGCGUCGUUUGACCCGGUCGACCAUGCAGGGGGAAUACCUACCCUAUUAAAAAUAUCCAUCCACGCGAGUUCUCACAACCUCGGGGAAAACUAUUAUUUGUAUAUUAUUUCAUAGAGCAAAAAUAGAGCUACCUUUUUCUCCUAUCCUAUGCAAGCACAAGCGCAGGGAUUAUUCGAUGAUUGUUUGAUUCGGAAACUUUAUUUCUUAAUUUUUUUUAGCUUUUUCCCCCUCGCAUCUUCGCUAUUGGAGUACGAUCACUGUGAAUCGUAACAGAAUGAAACAGACGUUAUCGUACGUUCAAGAACAAUCGUGUAUAAAAAGCGUGUGAUUCAUCGGUGAACUCUUUCCACCCUCGAAUACUCGGUAGUUCUUCGGGAUUGAAGAAAAAAUUUUAAAGAAAUUUAAAAAGAAAGGAAAAAUCAAACGUCGAAUUAAUCUUUUCACUGAGGAGCCUGCCUUAUGGUACGCGAAUCUAAGGGACGGUCAUGCACGAGAAUACCCACGGUCUUUGCCCCGUGAAAAUCCAUCGGGGAGAAUGAAAUAUUUGAGAUGAAAAAAGCAAAGAAAAAAAAAAUCAAGGGAAACAAUUUUAACGAAUAAUUCGUCUCGCUGAUCGUCGAUCAUGCAUAAAUAUAUACAUCUUGACUUUCGAGUUCGACGAUGCAGGUAAAAAAACGAAGGAAUAAUAAACUCAGUACCCUGAAGCACCGGAAAGAACCCGGACACCUCUUAAAACUCGUUGUCGUCGUCGUAGCCACGAGGACUUUAAAAGCUUGCCACUUCGAAACGGCAGCAGCAGUCGACAUCCAAACAAAACAUCGUACCAGUCGACGAUGUUAAUAAACGUACAACCUUUGAACCGAAAGGAUACGUGAAUUAAAAAAACGAGACGACGAAUAAAAAAUGCAUAAGCUGAAGAACGUGAUAAAAUAACAAUACGAAUAAUUAAUCGGACGGUAGGGUCCGCUUCUUUGAAUCGUCGCAUCGAUUGGACACGAUUUUUAAGCUCUCGUGAAAGCAACAAACUAAAUGAAUAAUUAAUGUUGCUCGGACUGCGGGAAAAAGAAUUCCAAAACUUUGGAACACGUAAAAUAAUCGUGGCCACCACGGUUAUCAAUAAAACCUCGAUGAUACUGUCGAGUGAAAAAAAAUACCCGGAGGAAAUAACGUAAUUAUUUUUCGAAUGAAAGUUUACUCGUCUGAUCAUGAAUGAGAAGAUCGACUACUGCGCACGAGGAUCGUCUUAAAUAUUCAUUUGUAUUGUCGCUAUGUGUAUCACCCAUACUUUGGCAGUAGAUAGCCGUACUCGCGUAAUUCAUCAACUAUCGUUCUACCCCACUGUAGUGCAUUUUUCUCUCCGCGAGAGAAAGCAACAGGCAGAUACACCGCGAUGCUGUAAAAUAAAUCCCCAUAUUAUAUCGAAGCAAGGAUAACUCGAGGAGUUAUUGGAAAAAAUUUUUAUAUACCGUCGUAAAUUCUGCGGACGAAGUCGCAGCCUCGUAUAACUGACUUUUCUUAUCCCUCUGAUAUACGUGAGACGAAGAUACGUUUCGAUCCAAGUGAUCACCUGUCAACAAUUUCGUUUGAAAUUUUUCUGUAAUAUAGCGAUGAAAAAAUCUACCGACAUUUCUUUCGAGUAUUGCAAUAAUAAUUUUUCCACAGACGUGCAACGUGACACGAAUCUGUACUCAAUUCGCGAAGAGGGGGUCGUUGAAUGAAUUACCGAGCAGACAGCCGAAGGAAUAUACAUAAAUAUAUAUGUGUGUAGAUUCUUCGGUAUUUUUUUCUCUCCUUUUUCUUAUCGAAAGUUUCAUCUCUAAUUUAUUCGCUCGUACUGUUUUUAUUACAUCUUCUCACGGCGCGCAUACGAUAUAAAAUAUGAACUCGAAACUCCGAGAGCAGGUUUUCGCCCACUAAUUCAGGGGUUUGGGAUGGUAAUAAUUUGAAUGUGAAACGGGUUGGAUGUUUUCGUCUCCGGGACCUAUUUCGCCGCUGUCGGGAUACCGUCGCGAAGGAUAGUAGAUGGUAAAAAGGACAGGGAUAAAAGUAGCGGAGCAAAAAAACGAAGGAGCGGAGGGAUUCGACAUGAUAAAUUAUUAAAUAUGACUGUUAUGCCGGCUAGCGGUGAAGUUGCGGAUAAAGCCGUCUCCACCGAAGAUGCAUCGAGUAACGUCGAAAUUGCUAGGCUGGAGGCCGUGUUGGCCGCACUCGUCGAGACCAAAGUUGAGUCUAUGAAAGCGUCCGGUUCAACGAAUACAACGAGACGCGCCGGAAGUGCUCCUGCCAGUCCGAGGAGACCGAGACUGACUUCUUCGUCGACGGCUUCCUCUUCUCAGAAUUACUGUCAUCACAACCACCAUCACAAUCAUCAUCAUCAUCACCAUCAUCACCACGACAGGGAUCAUCAGCACAAUCAUCACGGACACAACCACCACCACCACAGACAUGAGAAAAAGAGGAGGGAGGAUCGCAGACGCAGACGUCACGAUUCGGCACCCUGCGGAGAAUUCAUUGAGGAUUUGGCGGGACGGAACAACGGUCACAAGACGAGAAACGGUAGAGGACAUCGCAGGGGUUCGGAGCAGCCGAGAAGUCCUCGAAAAAGACGUCGGCAUUCUAAAAGUCCUCUACAAGCUCCACCAGUUUUACAAAAUGUCCUGGAAGCUUCCGGACCGGAUCCCGAAUUUUCUUUACUAGAAAUCGUUAGAGACCAACAGUUCAAUUUAUUAAAGUUUGAAAGAGCUAAGGAAGCUUUUGGUGAUACACACGAAUUUACUAACAGACUACAACAGACCUCCUGCUGUUUUUCACAGAGCGCCACUCAACUAAAGAUUCACUACGACGUCGACGACUACGUGGCGUUGAACCUCGAGGACGACCUCGAAGAGGACGAGGACAGUCAGAACGGGGCGCACAACAAGAGAAGGGCAACGUGCGACAACUAUCACAGGCCGAAAAGGAAGCGAAAAAGACGCAGGCGGAGGAUCGGACCCGAGGGAUCGACGCCGGAGGAACUUCACGAUCCCGAAGAACUUCCUCCGAGGGCCAGAUGGACGAUCGUGGCGACCGCCUGUCUGCUCCUUGCUAUGUCGCUACUCCUAGUCGGCGUCACUCUUCGGAUGGCUCCGAUAAUCGACGACAUGGUUCGUAAGGAGAACGAAGAAUUAUUAAACUCGUUAAGUCGAGACAACUUCGUGCCUGAGAACGUUACAACUUUACCAUGAAAAUACGACACGACGAAGAACGGGAAAUCAUCGCUCCUCUUCGUUCGGUUAUCCUUGAAAGGAGAACUGAAUACCUAAAGCCAAAUGAUUGAAUAAAAUGGGUGAUAGGGAGAUAAAAGAAAAAGAAAAAAACUAUUACCAGCGAUGAAUUCUUAGUCCUCGCAGCUAUUAUGAUAUGGAAACUAGAAAAUCAAAUAGACCCGGUGAAGAUGAAAAUGAAAAAGGAGAAAAUAAAAACUAGUCGUUAGUCGCAAAACGAUAAUAAUUAUGUAAUUAUCCGUAAUAUACCAAUUAGUAAGUCGGUAGGAUUUUCAAACGACACGUAAUUCCGUUAUUUUUUCUCUACGUUUCAUGAGAUGUUCGUACAGCGAUUGAUUGGAAUUUUUUCAGAGCUAAAAAAUCCAAAGUCGAAAUAAAAAAAUCAAACUAAUGCAUACAGAAAAGGUUUUCUUAUAAACCAGUUCACGUGCUAGUUGAAUUGUUAUAUACCUAUAUCUGACAAUCAAAUAUAUAUGUAUAUUAAAUGAAUAGUAUAAUAUAAUAUACAUACUUUGUUGAAAAGAAAGUGAACAUAUAAGCGGUGAUAAUCAGUUGAUAAUAUUAAUUAUACUUGGACGCUUCUUAUUGGUAAAAUUUAAUCGAUCGAUUUUUCAUUCGAUUUGAUACGUGAUCGUUAUGUGUACUCAUAAUCAUAUUGCUGCUGAAACACGUCUGCGGAACAGCCUAUUAAGGAUAUAGGAUACGUGCAAUUAUUUUUUCACGCGAAGGAAUCAAUCAAUUAACCAAAGCUUCGCAGAAUUUUCUUACUUUCCAAAUUUCUCUCCAUCUAUUUCCUUCUUUUUGAAACCAAAAAACCCAAUCAUUCGUUCUAAGCCGUUAUAGAGCGAUAGGUACGUAUAGAUUGAUGCGUAUGAAGCACCCGUAUACUCAUCUCAACAACGAAAAGGUCUUUGGAAAAAAAAAACUGAUGAAAAAUCUGUUAGGAAAAGAAUGGGGAUCGAAAUAACGUACAUCCCUUAGGCGUAAUAUAUAGCAUUGAAUGAUAUCGCAGUGUGGUAAUUGUUAUAAAUAAAUCGUAUAAAAUUAUAGGAAUCCUGUAAAUAUCAUUGAUUAUAUUUUAAUCUGAAUUAGGUAUUAUCCAUGUUUGAUAAUUACAAUGAAUAGCGAUUGUAUAUACUACUGUAUAUGUAUAAUGUUGUGCGAACUUGCAAAUGAUUCUGGCACGCGGCCCGGAAAAAUUGUGACAUAAUUUUUGUCAACUGAUUUUAGUGACUAGGAUAUUAUGGUAUUAUUAUAAUAUUUAAAUACAGGACUCUACGUGCCAAUGCCAUGACAAAGUGAAUGUGGCAUACAUACAUGAAUUAUUAAAUAUAUUGUACAAUAUACGUGAUUAAGAUUGAUCAAUUAACGUACAUAUAUAACGUAAAAUAAAAAUAGAAGAGAAAAAGAGAAGGAAAGGUAAAAAAAACUUGUUACAGUGUUUGUAUAUUAAAAUUAAAGUCGUAAUUAAAAUUUUAUUAUUAUAUAGUCUAUAUCGAAAUAUAAUUCUAACACAUGAGAAUAUAUUGUACGAGCGAACGGACGCGUUGAUUUUUUCGAUCGAUUCUGUUGGAUAUUGAGAAAUGAAAAAUGGAGAAAGAAAAUGAAAAAUGUAUAAGAAAAGAGCUUGCGAAGUGCAUUCGCGUACAGCACAAUCUGUAAUUAUACACUUAUAAAAUAAUAUUACGAUCGGAUUUGUUACGAAUGUUGCCAUAUUUGCGUAAGGAUGCCACCUACAAUCAAAUCGGUAAUGAUAAUAAUUAUAUGAUUAAAUAUAACUAAGCAAUGUUGAUAUUCAAUUUCUCAAACAUUUUCAUCGUAUAUCAAAUUCGUCCUGUUAAUAUAGGCACACAAAAGUCGUAUACCUAUGCAUAUACUUACCUAGUUUAGUUUAUGAGCCGAACAUCAAUGAAUUCGUCAUACUUUUAUUACGAGAUUCGGAAAAUACAACCCACUAGAAAUGCGAAUUUGAAAGUAUUCAAAUAAAAUACGUAUAAAAUAAACUAGCUGUAUAUUUCUUUUUGAAAACGCGGGUUACUCAUAUUCGUCGAUGAUUCUAAGAGUUCGAUAUGGUUCGAUCGAUCUAGAGAAAUUUACAAAUUUAUAAAUGCAACUGCGAUCUGUGGAAAAAAAUGCUAAAAAUUUUCGAGUCAAUUCUGCAGCUUUGAAUAAAAAGUUACAAAAUAAAAAUCCACGCGAAUGAAUACAUGUUUGUAAAUAUAUUACAUACAAAAAGUUACUUAUAUAAAUAUUAUACAUAUAAUUACAUAGGUAUACAACGAAUGAAAACGAAAUCGAGACGUUGACUCGAAAUGAAACGCUCGUUACAAUCAGAAUUUCCUAUACCAUGAAGUAUUAAAUAACAACACGGUAGCUUGUAUAAGAAAUUAACGAUGUUAAUCCAUGGCAAAUAAAAUAUGUAUAAAUAAAAUAUGUCUUCGUGAAAUUAUCGGCCAUCGGACAGAGAAUGAAAUAAAAAAAAUUGUGAGAAACGCAAAAACGUUGUUACACUACGACGCAUAAGAUGUUAUAGAAGUUGAAUUUUUGAAAAAGAGAAAAUGCACGAUUUCAUGCACAGAAAUAUUGUCUAUUAAAAUCAAUACCUAUAUGAUACCUAUGACAAAUUGGACGCUCGAAGGCAUUCGGGGGGUGGAAGAGUCUAAAUUACAUUUUUCAUAUCGGA